AUGGGUCGCGUUCGUACCAAGACUGUCAAGAAGUCCGCCAAGGUCAUCAUUGAGCGGUACUACCCCAAGCUGACGCUCGACUUCGAGACCAACAAGCGGGUGUGCGAUGAGAUUGCCAUCAUCGCCUCCAAGAGGCUGCGCAACAAGAUUGCCGGCUACACAACCCACUUGAUGAAGCGCAUUCAGCGUGGCCCCGUCCGCGGUAUCUCCUUCAAGCUCCAGGAAGAGGAGCGUGAGCGCAAGGAUCAAUACGUCCCCGAGGUUUCCGCCCUCGACUUCUCCGAGGCUGGCCAGCUCGAGGUUGACGCCGAGACCAAGGACCUGCUCAAGCACCUUGGCUUCGACUCCAUCCCCGUCAACGUCACCCCCGUUACCCAGAACCCCGUCGUCGAGCGCGGCGGCAGGCGGUUUGGCGACCGUCCGCCUCGUCGCGACUAA